AUGGCGAACUAUCUCGCUUCAAUCUUUGGAACUGAACAGGACAAGGUCAACUGCUCUUUCUACUACAAAAUCGGUGCCUGCCGCCAUGGUGAUCGAUGUUCGCGAAAGCACGUAAAGCCUUCAUACUCGCAGACGAUCCUCCUGCCAAAUCUGUACCAAAACCCGGCAUAUGACACCAAGAAUAAAAUGAACCCGAGCCAGCUGCAAAACCACUUCGAUGCCUUCUAUGAAGAUUUCUGGUGUGAAAUGUGCAAAUAUGGCGAACUUGAAGAGGUCGUAGUGUGCGAUAAUAACAAUGACCACCUAAUCGGAAACGUGUAUGCUCGAUUUAAAUACGAAGACUCAGCGCAGCAGGCCUGCGAUGCGCUGAAUUCUCGAUGGUAUGCGGCGCGACCCAUAUACUGCGAGCUAUCCCCCGUCACCGAUUUCCGAGAAGCAUGUUGUCGGCUGAAUAGUGGAGAAGGGUGUGUUCGCGGAGGGUUCUGCAAUUUCAUACAUCGGAAGGAACCAAGUCCUGAGCUAGAGAGGGAGCUCGAGCUCUCGACGAAGAAAUGGCUGAAGAUGAGAGGGCGUGAUGAACGGAGUGUGACCCGCAGUCCAAGCCCAGAGCCAACUCGGAGGAGGUAUUGAUGAAUGCGUUAUGUUGCCGUCGAAUCGAAUUGGUAGAUGCUCUGCAUUCGAGCGUAAGUGCAUGGGGGUUUUGUCAGCGAUUCAAUAACUGGAUCCUUUUGAGUUUUCAAUUCUAGACCCUUGAGAGAAUACCAAGGAGUCUAUAUUUUUUUAAAGUAAGGCGUUAGGGGGCGGGCGCGAAUUGUUAUUGCUUGUAUAUGAAAUUAUCCAUUAUAUAUCUUCUAUGAUUCCUUUG